AUGGCAGCUUUCAAGCUCUUGAGCGGUAUGGACGAUGUGGCGCUGAAGCCUCGUCUACUCCUCGCGCUGAUGAAUGAAGAUCUUCCCGACGAGAACAGGCCGCUGGAGCCGUCGAAGCUGUCGAGGGUCGUGCCGAUGAUCAGAACCCACAAUCUAUUGUCGGAACGCUCCUUGGGGACAAUGUCGCCGGAGGAAAUUGAACAGUGGGAGUCCGCCGUCGAUGACUGGGUCGAACGGCUGCGGUCACUCGUGGCUUUAGUACACAUGCCAGAAAAAUGUUGGGCUGGUAUAUGUUUGGUAGGAGUAACCAUUGAAGAGUGCAGCUCUGAGCGUCUCGCGAUAUCAUGGGAGGCCUGGUUUGACCAACUUGUAUCAAUCAUGCAGCGUUCUGGCAAUUCGCCAUCUCUGAAGGUGGCUUCUUGUGCAUCGAUCUCGCAUCUGCUUACAAGGUUGUCUGGAUCCCCGGAGUGGAAGAGAGAUUGCAGCGCUCGUGCUAGGAAACUCGCUGAACUACUUCUGAAGAUGUUGAAUGAAGAUAAUCCUCACACUUUACAGAACCAGAAUGGAAGCCUCCUGCCUUUUGUUCUGGAAAAGCCAUUCAUUUCUCCUCUUCCACAGGUGGAAGAAGCAAUUAUGUCAAAACUUUUCUCAGAGAAUGACAGUCCUGAUUUGCCGAAGGUAAAGCUUCCUGUUCGGUCACUGUUAGCCCUUGUGGAAAGGGUCGUCACGGUUCAUGGUUCUUUGCCAGAUGCCAAGUUGCUUGCAGCCGAACAAGAGUGUGUGUGUUCAGAGCUCCCUGCUCUGCAUUCAUAUGCUCUAGAGCUCCUCUCUUCUGUAAUAGAGUGCUUGCGCAGUCAACUACUGCCGCAUGCUGCAGAUAUUAUCCAACUUGUUACAAAGUAUUCGAGCAGGUGUCAACUGCCAGAGUUGAGAGUAAAGCUGUAUUCAAUUUUAAAGAUGCUGCUCAUAUAUGGAGGUGCCGGUAUGACAAUCUAUAUCGGGCAAGUGGUCGUCGACAAUGCCCUCGUUGAUCUGAAUGUUAUUGCUGCUCAUGCAAAUGAGAACAAGUCAGCUGUAAAUUCAGUAAAAAAAGCUGCACUCGAGGCGAUAAAAGCUUUACUAACCGUGGGUGGUGCUCUUGGAUCUCAACCUUGGCGAUCUAGUAUUGAUAAUCUUGUAAUGAACAUGGCGAGCAAGAGUUGUACAGAUAGAUGGAGGAAUGAAAGGAGUGUCUCGUCCAAAGACCACCCUUCGAUGGAUUCAGAUGUUCAAUUUGCAGUACUGGAGGCACUUUUGGCAUCUCUCCUUUCCUCAACUCACACUCGCCCCCUUCAUUUAGGGCAAAGCCUUGAGCUUUUCAAUAGAGGCAGGCGAGAGGCAGGAUUGAAGAUCUCCGAAUUUUGUACCCACGCACUCUUAGCCUUGGAAGUGCUCAUCCAUCCCCGCGCAUUGCCAUUGAUAGACCCUCUCUCCAUGAACCCAAGCACGCCAUUUUCCAGAUGCAAUGAUCAUGAACCAGCGCUUGAUGGCAGCCACCCUGAUCCAACAACCAGUGACAUACUAAUCCAGAGAUGGAGACUCGACACCAUGGAAACCGAAGAAACUGUUUGUGAAACAACCAGAGUCGAUCAUCCAUCAGGACAGAACACUUCCACGGGUAAUACAGAGGUCGAGAUGACCGAUGAAACUCCGAUGAUGAUGCACCAUGCACAGCCUAAUAAUGAAACAACACAACCACAACCACAGCCUCAGGAACCUGGUUCACUAGAAGAAAUCGACAUGGAAGAAGAAGAAGAAGAAGAAGAAGAAGAAGAAGAAGAAGAAGAAGAAGAAGAAGAAGAAGAAGAAGAAACUGCGUCCGAAACAGGCAGAAUCGUUCAUCAAUCAGGACAGAACCCUUCUGAAGCUAAUGCAGGGGCGGAUAUGAAUGAUGAAGCUGCAAUGAUGGUGGAUUACGACGUGGACGAAGGAUCGGAGAGAACGGAAGAUUUUGCUGAAUCAGAUAAUGAGUCAACAGAUUCAGCUCCAUGUAUCAAGAGAGUUCCCCCGGAUUCAAAGCUGUUGGGGAACCUUACACGGCGCCACCUUCUGGUUGGUGCUGUGGGUUCAAAGCAAAGCUGAAGUGACGUUACAGAGUGGGAGAAAGCGGCCUUUGGCCUAAUGGCCUUGCAUUUCAUGUUUCUGUUUUCCAUUUUGUUAAUUGUUAAUUAGCAACCAAUAAUGAUAUUAUUAGUAUUAUCAACAAAUUGCAGGUGUGUCUGGUUUGCUUGGAUAGCAAGAAAGAGU